CCGAGGGGAAAUUAGGCUGUAAAUAUUAAGAGGGAUAAAAACGUCAGAUAAAAUAAUUAACCCGAAUAGAAUUACUACUGCAGCUUGUAGGAUUAGCACAGCUACCAGGACCUAAUUAUGUGUGGAACAGAAAUUGUAUAUUUGAUGCUGAAAACUGAGCAGGGGUGAUAAUAUGGUUGGGCGCAUGUGAACUUAGAAAUUAGAUAUUUUAUAUGUGUGUUGAGAGUUGGGGUAUAGUGGGUAGGUUGUAGAGAAGGCUGGGAUGAGGAGGCAGAGAAGGAGGGGUGAAGCUGUGGAUGGAGAGAGAGAGAGAGAGAGAGAUGCUGUUGCCAGGGAACAGCAGCCACAUAGAGGACCACUGAAACAACAGCAGGACUGUCUAAUGGAGUGAGGGACACAUAGACUUGGGCUUAUUUUUCUGAAGUUGCUGAAGGGAUAUAAAGGCUUUCUCCAAAGAGAGAAUUGGAUACAGAGGGAAAUUGAAAAAGGGUUUGAUUUGAUGCGUGGAAGUGGAAAGAGUCACUCAAAAUGCAUUUGGAGCUGCAAGCAGAGAAAAUGGGAGAUAGGGGGAGGGAGAUCACGGUGCCAGAGCAGAUGCAUUUUGGUUAAAGGAAUUUUGUGUCUCUGUGGUGUGGACGUAGGAGUGGAGAGGCAGGCUGCCGGCUCACUCUUCACGGCCAGUCUUUCACCAACAACGGUUCAUGGCCAGAGGCGGAGGAGAGGAGAGGGGGUUCAGCACAGAGGUGCUGCCUGUCUUCAGACACCUGCUGCUGGCUAGCCGCUGACAUUGGGGACACUGUAUGACUGUGUCUGUGCACAAGUGUGUGUGCAUGCGAAUGAGGAGGGAUAUUUCAGCCUGAACCCUGUUUGCUGUUAGUGAGGGGGAUCAGCACCUUCUCCACGAGAUACUUUGCGUCUUUGACUGAGGAGGAGGAGGGGGAAGGACGCAGAUAAGCAAGAGGUUGUAGGAUCUCACGUAGCCCAUGCCCCGGCUCUCCUCUCUGAGGGAUGGGCACCACCGAGGCGACGCUACGAAUGGAGAACAUGGAGGUAAAAGACGAGUGGCAGGAUGAAGACUUCCCCAGACCACUACCAGAGUACGGAGACAUGGAUCCCUCCUGUGGUCUCACGGACGACAGGGCAUCCCCCUCUAACACACUGAACAUGAGCCCACCCGGAGGAGGCGGUGUCUCCUCAUCCCACCGAAAACGGCGUACUUUGGUUGCCCCUGAGAUGAACCUCUCACUGGACCAGAGUGAGGGUUCUUUGCUGUCAGAUGACUUCCUGGAUACGCCUGAUGACCUGGACAUAAAUGUUGAUGACAUUGAUACCCCUGACGAGACGGACUCGCUGGAGUUCAUCACCAAUGGCAAUGAGCUGGAGUGGGAAGAUGACACACCUGUGGCCUCAGCCAAAGCAGGUCCUGGUGCUGGCUCAGGACAAGCUGAUGAGGACGGAAAUGCAAACAGUGGUCGUCUCUGGAGGACGGUGAUCAUCGGGGAGCAGGAGCAUCGUAUUGACAUGCAAGUCAUUAGACCGUACAUGCGGGUCAUCACACAUGGAGGUUAUUAUGGAGAGGGCCUCAAUGCCAUUAUUGUUUUCUCUGCCUGUUACCUUCCUGACAGCAGCUGUCCAGACUACCACUAUAUCAUGGAAAACCUCUUCCUGUAUGUGGUGAGCAGUCUGGAGAUGCUGGUUGCCGAAGAUUACCUGAUCAUCUACAUGAACGGAGGCACGCCACGGAAUAAGAUGCCCGGGAUCAGCUGGCUAAAGAAAUGUUACCAAAUGAUUGACAGAAGAUUAAGGAAGAACCUGAAGUCUUUGGUCAUCGCUCAUCCCACUUGGUUCAUACGCACUGUCCUAGCUAUUUCUAGGCCCUUUAUCAGACUGUUACAGUGUUUGUGUUGUUGUUGUUGUCGCCCUGUCACCUUCUGCAGUGUGAAGUUCAUGAAUAAGAUCCAGUACGUCCACAGUCUGGAUGAACUGGCAGAAAUCGUUCCCAUGGAGCACGUCCAUGUUCCUGAGUGUGUGGUGCAAUUUGACGACGAGAGGAUUAAAGCACGCAAGGAAAGGAUGGAGCAGGAGUGCAGACAGCAGGAACAGCAGCAGUCAGUACCACAGCAGCCAAUUAAAAAGUCAGAGAGGCCGAAGUCUGUGAUAGCAGAUCAAGGAUUAUGAGGAGGACCGAGCUUUGCAGCUAAAGACGCAUGGAUCAUGAACCCUUUCACAGAAACAGAUUCAAAGAAGUGGUCCAACAAGUCAACACGUGCUUCCUUGUUUUACCAGCAUCCAAUUGACAAUUAGUGUUGUCAUUACUACUGAUCAAGAUGGUGAUCGCUUAUUCUACUUCUUCCUUCCUGUCAGAGGUUUACUGCUCUGUUACAAGAAGUAUGUCACCAUGGAAACUGUUGGCAGCUUUAAGUUGCUCUGUGUAUGUGUUCAUACUGUAAUAUUUCAUCAUCAAGAGCCAAGGCAAGGACUUUAACAAAAAUGUUAGUGUACCCCACAAUGAAACACUUUUCAGAGGCCUUUGAUUUUAGCGUUGUUGGAUGGAACUAUUU